AUUUUUAUUGUCGUUUGCUGUGCCUUCAUUGGCCUGGUGCUGGCCGAUACGCCAAAAUACACGACAAAAUACGACAAUGUGGAUUUAGAGGAAAUCAUUAAAAGCGACCGCCUGAUGAAAAACUACGUAAAUUGCCUGUUGGAAAAAGGCAAAUGUACUCCCGAUGGCGCUGAACUGAAGAGAGUGCUACCCGAUGCCCUCCACACCGAGUGCUCGAAAUGUAGCGACAGUCAGAAAAAGGGCAGUCGAAAAAUAAUGAGACAUUUGAUCGACAACAAGCCGGAAUGGUGGACAGAACUGGAAAACAAAUACGACAAAGAGGGCGCCUACAAGAAGCAAUACAGAGAGGAGCUGAAAAAGGACGGCAUUAAGUUGUAAAUUGUGCCUGUAUUAAUUAUGCCUUGUUCUGUAGUUUAGCUUAGGUGUUUCACUUGGAAAUAAAUACUGCUAGUUUAUCAACGAA